AUGGAUCCGUUGGAGGCUGCACUCGGCUCAUCUUUCACUGCACCAAAUGUUCCAGUAGCAGUUCCGAGAGAAUCCACGGCCAACCCGACCGAGCAACCUGCGGAAACCAAGAGUCAUGCGCCGACGCGGUCUAUCGAUUUGGAAGCAGAAAAGCUAGCAGCGGCGGAUGAUUCGUGGAAGGGAGAAUACGAUGAACGUCUGAAUAGCUGGAGAGCGGAAAAUGCCGAGCGACGAGCGCAGAGCGAGAAGACGCGCGAGGAGUGGGAGCAGCGACGGAGUAGCAAAGAGUAUGUGGAGAGCUAUACGGCUCCGAAUACGACUGGCUCGAGCAUGGCGAGCAGUUAUGUCGACGCGAGAGACUUGGUGUCGGGAGAGCAUCAGGGUGGUCACGGCAUUGAUGCAUUGAACCAGGUACUCGCACCGUCGGCCAAGAGUCAGCAACCAAAACGAAGCGCUGCCUCUGGAUCUGGAGAAGACGAUUCGAGAGGUUGGGAGAAAGUUGCUCCUGAAUCUCUUACGUCCUCGUAUCCGUCCAUCAGCUUUCCUCCGCUCGACAGCUCCGGAGCCCCCGCGCCAUCGUCGGGCGGGCAACACCAAUCUACUUCGCAAACCCAAGCAAGAGGAGCAAAGACGCCAUCAGGUGCUCCAUUUACGCUUCCUCCAGUUGCGCCACCGUCGGUCACGCUCUCCAUUUUCGACAGCACGCUCUCCAAGCGAGCACGAUUCCUUGCACUUGCCUCUAGCCUUGCGAUCAAUCUCCUGCUUCCGUUUAUCAAUGGUGUUAUGCUAGGCUUUGGAGAGAUCGCGGCCAAGAGCUUGUUUGGCUGGAGCGGAUGGCGCGACGUCGCGAGCGGGCUUGGACUUCGGAGUGCGGGUAGUCGAAAGGAAUGCAAGCGACCUCCGACGCGAGGGAAGGAUACGCCGACCCUCUUGACGAUGCCAUGA